CAAUAAUUAAUAACUAUUUGACAGAAUAACAUAAACUAAUCUUUUUAUCUCCUUGAUAUCUUCUUAUAGGAGGAAAAUAAAAAAAAUGCUUUAUCGGUUUAUCUUUUACACAAAAGUACUUCCAAGGAAUUUACAAAUCGUAAAAGAUAAGAGAAAACAGUCUACAAUGUUGAGUCUAUCAUUCAACAGUUGACAUUAUGAUUACACUGAAGAAGUAAUGCUAUAUAAUUAAAUGUGAAAUAAUAUAAGUUUUUUGUGAAUGAUUAAACAAACUAUUACCAAUACAAUUAUUGUGCUAUACCUGUGAUAAGAAAAAAAGAUGAAAUAUCAAGAAUAAUAACUAUUGUUUGUAAAAAUAAUUGUUCGUAAAUACGUUUAAGUAUUUGAAUAAUCUUGUAGCAGUCAGCUGUGUUUACAGUUUUGUUAGAAUGAAAUGUUAUUGAAGUGGUUAAUUAUUUUUCCACGUGUGUUGGUUAUGCAGUGCAUUAUUCUUGCUAAUGCUCGAAUUAUUAAUUCAUUGGUAUUAAAAAGUAUAAACGAUGCGCCUCGCGAUUUAAAAGUAGAAGUUUUUGAAGAUUCUGAACACGUAGAGAAUGUGGGUGAUUUUCAAUUGAAAUUAAAUAUCUCUUGGUUACCUCCAGAGACCUGGAUUCCAACGUCGUAUAGUCUGUCAAUAAAUUCUUUAACUGAAAAUAUCGAAGAUGAAACAUGUCCUGAAGAAAGUUUAUUUUUUACUAUUUGGAAUGAAACCCAAUACAAUUUCAUUCUCCCGGAAGAUCAGUUUUUGUCAGAGUUGACUAUACGACCCGGUUGUUCCUACAGUGUUCAAGUUUUUGCUAAUCCACGAAUCAAUGCCAAUUUUCACACUGUCAAGAUCAAUAUUACAAUACCCACCUGUGUAAAUCGAUCAUGUAACUGUCAGAAUGCAGAAGAGUUACUUCCUUUAGUUGAUGUCGAUGUUUCAACUACCAAUCAAGAAGAUUUUCUGAUAAAAUGGAACACAACUUUUAAUAGCUCAAAGGUUUCUUCGUUUAUUAUUGGUUAUGCUACGCCAAUUAUGGUGUCUACCAGUGGAUUGCCUGUCUAUAAUACUUCAGAAAUAACUCGAGUUCCUGCCAAUACUUCUUUCUUCAAGUGGCGGGGAAAAUUAGUAGAUUCUACUAUUAAUGCACCUAAUAAAAUAUUUGUUGCUGCUGAAGAUGCUGAGAAAUGUCGAGGUAUCAGCACUGAUUUUUUUAUUAAACGCCAACAUAGUAAUAAAGAAUUAAUGAAAAUGGAAAAUAAAUGGAUUAUCUGGUUUACCAUAGUGAGUAGCGGAGUCAUAGUAAUUGGUAUAUUUAUUUAUUUAUGGAAACAAAAAUUUGGGAAUUAUAAAUCGAUACCUUUCCAUUCCCGAUCGAUAGCACACACUAUUCCGCAACCUCUAAAUGGAACUCAUUGGUUGAGUUCGAUUUUGCGGAAACACAAUAUUCUUUAUCCAACACAGGAGGUACCUACACUAAAUGAAGCAGAUAAACUUGAAAUAUCAUAUGAUCGUCUGAAUAUAACGGUUGAACUUGGAAAAGGUCAAUUUGGAAAAGUGUAUUUAGGGUAUUUGGAUGGACCAAACAGUUUCCCAAUAGCUAUAAAAAUGUCGAAUCCAUCAGGGUCAACCAAUGAACCAGAAGCCCGACGUCAAUUGCUUGAAGAAAUAGGUACAAUGAAACGUGCUGGGUGUCACCCACAUCUUGUUAAACUUAUUGGCUGUUGCACUGCACCUGAAACGCCUGUCUGUGCUAUAUUGGAAUAUGUAGAUGGUGGUGAUUUGCUUGCAUACCUUCACUGGAUCAGAAAUGAAUGUGUAGUGGACAAACACCAGCUGUCUGAUGCUUCUUCAAUUAACUCACGACCUAGCACCAGUGACACAUUAUACACUAUAUUGGGAAGUGUAUCUCCAAUGAGUGGAAGCUUUUCAAUUUUUUCUAAUAACGAAUCUACCACUACACCUACCACUGCCUUGACUAUGUUCAAAGAGAACAAUCACCUCCACAAGAAUGUUAACUACAUCAGUGACGUUGAAAAAAAAUGGAAUCAUUCAACAGGUGGUAAGAUUGAUAACUAUCGAUUUAUUAGCUUUGCCCUGGACAUUGCUGCGGGGAUGGAACAUUUAGAGCGACAAGGAAUUAUACAUCGAGACUUGGCAGCUAGAAAUAUUCUUGUCACAUCAAGUUUAUCUUUGAAGAUUUCAGAUUUUGGCUUAUCUCGCGAUGGCAUUUAUGUCCUUGGCAAGAGUGGUGCUGGAGUUCGUCGACUACCAAUUCGUUGGAUGGCACCCGAAGCUCUUCGAGAUCGUGCAUUUACUUCGAAAAGUGACGUCUGGUCUUAUGCUGUUGUGUUGUGGGAAAUUGGAACACUUGGAGCAUUUCCUUAUUCUCAAGUUCAAGAUGAUGAAUUGCUGCAGUAUAUUCUAAAAGAUAAUUGUCGUUUAAGUCAACCACCAACUAUUUCAAUAGAAUUCUAUAACUUUAUGCAAUGUUGUUGGUCAUCAAGGCCAGAUAGCAGGCCAAAUUUCAAGGAAAUUAUUCAGAAAAUUAAUUCAUUUAAAAUGAAUGAACAUUUUGUGAUUAUUGAGAAUCCUUCGUAUAAUAUUUUCGCUGCUGAUUAAAAUUUCACCAUUGUUUCUGUGAAAGUAUUGAUUGAUAAAUAAGUGAGUACAAAUAUAUUAUAUCGAUUCAAUAAAAUGUAAAUAUUAAUUUUUACCAAAUCAUAAAAAUUUAUAUUUGAAAAAAUUGAAUAAUAAUCGUAUUUUUUUAACUCCACUGAAAUAGUAAUACUGUCCUAGAAUUUAUAAUUGACCCCUUGAAUUGGAGCAGACGAAAGAACAUAAAAUGUCAACUGAUAAAUACACUUCACGCACUAGUGAAAUGUGUUCUAUAAUUACUCAACACGCUCUAACGAAGCUAAUUUUUGUGCUCAACAUUCGUGAAAAAUCCAUCCUUACGAUAUAUAUCUAUAUAUAUAUAUUCUAGGUAAAGAUUAAUUUCUGUAAGUCAAUAUCAGGUUAUAUUAUCAAACAUAA